AUGUUAGAAAAGAAUAUUAAAUCAUUAACAAGAAAAAGGAGUGAUGAGAAUGAUUUUGAAGAAAAACGAACAUCAAAAAAACAGAAUGUAAAUAAGCUAGCUUUUGAUAAUGAGGUAGAUUUUAACAACAACGAGAUAUUCAAUAUGAAUCCAAGCAUCGUAUUUACAGAUAAUGAUACUAAUGAAGAAAUUUUAUCCAAUUAUGAAGAAUACUGCGAAGAAGAAUCCCAAAUAGACAUGGCUUCAGCUGAUACCAUUGAAAGUUGGGUUUUGUCGAGUGGUAAGGAUGUAGGCAAAGAAUUAUCCAAAUAUCGUGAAAAUAUUCCUCACACCAAGGCAUACUAUGCCUUUUUUGGGAUACUAGAUCUUUCCGGAGAGGAUACAGAAGAUUUUAAUAAUAAUAUAAAAUUAAGUGAUAUGGAAGACGAACAAGAGAGGCCCUUCUAUGAGCUGAUGGACAAAAUUUCUGAGAUUAGCGAAUUUAUAUUGAUAAAAAAACCUUUUGAUUUAAUUACCGGCAUUGAAAGCUGUGACAAUAUAAAAGUAAAUGCAAUCAGACGACUUACAGUAUUCAGACAUAAAGUUGCCUUCGGAAGUAAUUUUACGAAUGCAAUUACAAAAGGAGUAUUGACUUUUGAUCGAACCUAUCAUUAUGAAGAAGGUGAGAUCCAAGGACUUGCUUCUUCAGUAAUUACCAACAUGAAAUCUAGGCCUAUCGAUAGAAGUUUAAUUGGUCAGAAAAAAUGGAUGGAUAAGGUGGAUCUAUCAGUCGCAUUACGGGAUGUGUUGGUAAACGAAGGAAUAGAAAAUAAUGGCGUAAGACCAGAAAAUUUUUGCAAACUUUUUACUCUGGGAGUACACACAUUUAGG